AUUUCGGAGCAAUCUUUUUCAGGUGCAUCCUCCAGCAUAUACUUAUAGGUUACAGGCAUCGAGUCUCAAUUGUUCAGAUCACUUCCGAGUUUCGGACGGACUCUUCAUCUCGAAUCUCGAGAGAGAGGAAAUACAAAAGUGCUCGUAAUUUUUGCUUCUUAUUCAUCUUCAAGAGCGAUAUAAUAUCGCGAAAAGUAUGAGCGAUCCCAAAAGUGGAGACAGUUUAGCUACGGCUAUACUGCGCAAGAAGGAUAAGCCCAAUAGGCUGCUCGUUGAAGAAGCGUCCAACGAUGACAACUCGGUUGUUGCCCUGUCUCAGGCCAAGAUGGACGAGCUGCAGCUUUUCCGAGGUGAUACAGUCCUGUUGAAGGGUAAGCGUCGCAAGGAGACAGUCUGCAUUGUUCUCUCGGACGAAAACUGUCAAGAUGAAAAAAUUCACAUGAACAGAGUUGUCAGGAACAACCUUAGAGUCAGACUCUCCGAUGUUGUGUCCGUGCAAUCUUGUCCUGACAUAAAAUAUGGCAAGCGUAUUCAUGUGUUGCCAAUCGAUGAUACUAUCGAAGGUCUCACAGGCAAUCUGUUUGAAGUGUAUCUAAAACCAUACUUCUUGGAAGCUUAUCGUCCAAUUCACAAGGAUGAUACAUUCAUUGUGCGUGGCGGUAUGCGUGCAGUAGAAUUUAAAGUUGUCGAGACCGAUCCAGGACCUUACUGUAUUGUAGCUCCAGAAACUGUGAUUCACUUCGAAGGUGAUCCAGUCAAAAGAGAGGAAGAGGACGAAGCGUUGAAUGCCGUUGGUUACGACGACAUUGGUGGUGUACGCAAACAACUGGCUCAGAUCAAAGAGAUGGUUGAACUGCCCCUCAGGCACCCAUCUUUGUUCAAAGCCAUUGGCGUAAAGCCACCCCGUGGUAUUCUCUUGUAUGGACCUCCGGGAACUGGAAAAACCCUUAUUGCUCGCGCUGUUGCCAACGAAACUGGCGCAUUCUUCUUUUUGAUCAAUGGUCCCGAAAUCAUGAGCAAACUUGCCGGAGAAUCUGAGAGUAAUCUGCGCAAGGCCUUUGAGGAAGCCGACAAGAAUUCUCCAGCCAUCAUUUUCAUUGACGAGCUUGAUGCUAUUGCUCCCAAAAGAGAAAAAACCCAUGGUGAAGUCGAGAGACGUAUUGUGUCGCAGUUGCUGACACUCAUGGACGGCAUGAAGCAGAGCUCCCACGUAAUCGUGAUGGCCGCGACAAACCGCCCAAACAGCAUUGAUGGCGCUCUUCGACGUUUUGGACGUUUUGAUCGUGAAAUUGAUAUCGGUAUCCCAGAUGCCACUGGCCGCUUGGAAAUUCUCCGUAUUCACACGAAGAACAUGAGACUUGCUGACGACGUCGAAUUGGAGGAGAUCGCAGCUGAAACUCACGGUCAUGUUGGUGCUGACUUGGCAUCCCUGUGCUCAGAAGCAGCAUUACAACAGAUUAGAGAAAAGAUGGAUUUAAUUGAUCUUGAGGACGAUCAGAUAGAUGCCGAAGUACUGAUGUCUCUUGCCGUGACUAUGGACAACUUCAAGUACGCCAUGAGCAAAAGUAGUCCAAGUGCUCUUCGUGAAACUAUUGUCGAAGUUCCUACUGUCACCUGGGAAGACAUUGGAGGCUUGCAGAACGUCAAGCAAGAACUGCAAGAGCUGGUACAAUAUCCGGUCGAACAUCCAGACAAGUUCCUCAAGUUCGGUAUGCAACCGUCUCGUGGUGUUCUGUUCUAUGGGCCACCUGGUUGUGGUAAGACUUUGUUAGCCAAAGCCAUUGCCAACGAGUGCCAGGCAAACUUUAUAUCCGUCAAAGGUCCGGAGCUAUUGACCAUGUGGUUCGGUGAGUCCGAGGCCAAUGUGCGUGACGUGUUCGAUAAAGCAAGAUCAGCGGCGCCUUGCGUCCUCUUUUUCGACGAGUUGGACUCGAUCGCAAAGUCGCGUGGAGGUUCCGUAGGUGAUGCUGGUGGCGCGGCUGACCGUGUCAUCAACCAAAUACUUACAGAGAUGGACGGUAUGGGAGCCAAAAAAAAUGUGUUUAUCAUUGGAGCCACGAAUCGACCCGACAUCAUUGAUCCUGCUAUCCUUCGACCUGGUCGCUUGGAUCAGCUGAUCUACAUACCACUGCCCGAUGAAAAGUCUCGGGAGUCCAUCUUUAAAGCUAACUUGCGUAGGUCGCCCACUGCUAAAGACGUUGAUUUGACUUACAUUGCCAAGGUGACGCAUGGAUUUUCGGGAGCUGAUAUCACAGAAAUUUGUCAGCGUGCCUGUAAGUUGGCAAUCAGGCAAUCCAUUGAAAUUGAAAUAAGAAGAGAAAAAGAACGAGCUGCCAAUCCUGGCGCUACCAUGGAUACGGAUGAAGAAGACCCCGUUCCACAAAUUACUCGAGCUCACUUUGAAGAAGCUAUGAGGUUCGCAAGACGUUCGGUCUCGGACAACGAUAUCCGUAAAUACGAAAUGUUUGCUCAGACUUUGCAACAGUCGCGAGGAUUUGGCACAAACUUCAGAUUCCCUCAAAGUGGACCAGGUGGUGCUCAAGAUACAACACAAGGAGACCAGCCUUUCCAAGACGAAGGCGAUGAUGAUCUCUACAGUUAGAUUUAGUUUAUUUUUUCCCCCCACAAUUUGUAAUUUUCGUUUGCAGUGAGCAUGCGACAAAAGGGCCUGUCUAUUUACCGUGUACAUUCACACGUAAACCAUCAUUUUUAAUGGUUCUUAUAUAAAUCAAUAUUAAUUCAAGAUUUUAUAUGGAGUACAUAUUGUGUGUACUGUAUAGUGGUUAAGACUGCUAAUAAAUUAAGAUUCUCUCUUUUAUUUGAGUAUUUAUGAAAAUAAAUCGAAAAAACUUUUUCAAGCAAAA